AUGCGUAAUUGUUUUGGACAGUAGUCUACUACUACUACUAAUACUACUACUAAUAAUAGACUAAAUACUAAAUGUACACAGUUUUUGAAAAUUAAUUUAUAGGUGAAGUUAUUCAGUUGAAGGUUUAUUUUAUCAACAGAAAAAUUGAUAGUGAGCUCAUAUUUCCGCCUGAGAUAUCAGCCUGGCUUAAUUAAAGGUGGCAGCUUGAAUGCCUCUCACCUAAAUCGCCCUGACAGCCGUUACACACCGCCAGCAGCACACCUGAAUGCCAACGCACCACGCCCUGUGUACUCACACCUGUGAUGGUAGAGCAGCAUCUUUCCACCUACCUGCUCGGCCGCUCCCACCUCCAGGCAGGAGCCUAUAAAGUCCAUCCUCCAGGCCGCCUCAGCACCAUCUGUUCCGCACCACCUGCUGAGUUUGACAAGUUUCACUGAACGCUGCACCUGAGUCAGAGCAGAAGUCAUGAUGACCACCUCACUCCGCCCUGGAUUAUCCUCCAUGUCCCUGUCCUCUAUGUCCAUAGGCUCAAGGCGGGCUACAAGCGUCUAUGGCGGUGCAGGUGGUAGAAGUGUCCGGGUGUCCCACGUCUCCAAUGGCCUCGGCGCCGGCUUUGACCUGUCAAGCGCUCUCGGAGGGGGCGGAGGUGGCAGCAGCGCCGUUUCAUCGUCAGGCAGCGAGAAAGUGACCAUGCAGAACCUCAACGACCGCUUGGCCUCUUACCUGGAGAAGGUGCGCUCUCUGGAGUCCGCCAAUGCCAAGCUGGAGCUUCAAAUCCGCGAGUGGUACGAGAAUCAGAAACCGACUAUCAGGGACUACAGCAAGUAUGAGGCAAUCAUCCUAGACCUGCGCAACAAGAUCGGUGUUGCCACACAGGACAAUGCCAGGCUAAUGCUGCAGAUUGACAAUGCCAGACUGGCAGCGGAGGACUUCAGAAUCAAGUUUGAGAAUGAGCUGGCAGUACGCAUGUCAGUGGAAACGGACAUCGCCGGACUGCGCAAGGUCCUGGAUGACCUGACCCUGUCUCGUUCUGAACUGGAGAUGCAGGUGGAGGGCCUGAAGGAGGAGAUGGUCUACCUGAAGAAGAACCAUGCUGAGGAACUUGCCGCUUUGCAAGGCCAGGUUUCUUCCAACUCUGUGAAUGUGGAGGUGGACGCUGGGCCCCAGGCGGACCUGAGCAAGAUCCUUGGCGAUAUUAGAUCUCAGUAUGAGGGCAUCGCUGACAAGAACCGCCAAGAAAUAGAAGCUUGGUACAAGACCAAGUUUGACGAACUGAACAAGCAGGUGGCAACCAGCACAGAGACCCUCCAGACCUCCCGCAGUGAAAUAAACGAGCUGAAGAGGACCCUGCAGGCCCUGCAGAUUGAGCUGCAGUCCCAGCUCAGCCUGAAAUCUGCCUUGGAGGGCCAGCUGGCAGAGACAGAGUCCCGCUACAGCCAGCAGUUGAACCAGCUCCAGACCAUGGUCAACACCCUGGAGAGCGAGCUCAGCCAGGUGAGGGCGGACAUUGAGAGGCAGUCCAUGGAAUACCAGAUGCUCCUUGACAUCAAGACCAGGCUGGAGAUGGAGAUUGCUGAGUACAGAAGACUGCUGGAUGGAGAGAGUGUAAAGGUGGUUGAGGUCGUAGAGGUAGUCAAACCUCAACCAGUUAUCACCCAGAGGAGGAAGGUGGUGAUUGAGGAGAUCGUUGAUGGAAAAGUGGUGUCCCGCACAGAAGAUGUGAACACAGAGGUCGUCAGCCCAUAGCUUCGAGAGGCCUUCCUGGACAUAUUGUCAGAAAAAAUAAGCAAAGCCAAUACAAUGCUUUUAAAAUGUGUAAGACGAAUGUGUAAACAUGACUUUUGUUGUUCUUUUGGAGAUAGAACCAGAUAUUUUACCAUAUUUAAAUGAUAUAUUUCUUCAUUUUAUAUCACCCAUUUAUCCAAAUCCCACAGAAAACAACUGUACAGAGUGCCCUCCAACCUGCCUCCAGGCGCUGUGAGUCUGAUCAUUUUAGAAAGGAAAUACACUAUAGUGGAAUUUAGGUCUUUCCUUCUUUGCUUCUUGGCUUAACUGGAUACAUGGAGUGAUAAUUUUGGGGUUAUUGUCAUUAUCAGUGUGAAAGAGUUAGCUUAUAGAUAGAGAGGUCAUAAACAAUAUUUGUGUGUCUAAUAAUAAUGAGGUUUAAUGUUGCCAAUGUUAAAGGUGUUACAUGUAGCAUUUUUAUAAGGAAAUGUUGUUGCCAAUUUUGAUGUUAUCCAAGCACAAUUACAUAAACAAAUUAGACCAUUGUUAAGAUGACUGGCAGUCUCUGUGAAACAAAUCAUUUCUUAAAAUUAAGACCACACUUCCAAUAAAGUUUGUGUCUUGUUUUGAAAGGGAUGCAUCUUUUUUGCCUUACACUUGUUUCAUCUCCUUUUGAAUAAAAUUAUGAAAGCUGUUAA